UUAGUUUUGCAAUAAUACUUGGAACUCUUAAAUUUUGGACAUUAAAUCUUCAACCCUCGUAUCCAGCAGCAAAAUUGCAAAGUCGACGGUUUAGAACAGAUUUGGCCAAAAGCAAAAAAGAAUUAAAAAGGGCUUCAAUUUGAAAACCUUUUCUUUUGUUUUGUGAGAAGGUAGGAAAGACGAUAAAACAGAAAUCAGAAGGAAAGAGAGAAAUGGAGAGACCCAAGGGCCAAAACCCCUUUGGAUCUGAGGCACUGAAACCGGAACUCACAGUAGUAUAUGGUAAUGGAAUAUAAAACAUUUUUUGUUCUAUUUUGAUAUGUUUAUUAGUACAGGUUGUGAAGACAAGGCAGAGUUGUAGGGAGCUGCCGCAAUCUCAAUCCAAAUCAUAUCAACUCUUACCUGCAGAGAUGGGAAUGAGUAAAACGGAAGUGAAUUUUCGGAGGUUACUUGCAGCGGCACCCCAACAACAAAAUCAUUCUAAACUCGUACACUAUGUUGCUACUUUACGAGAACUAUUAGAAAAGUUGGCUGAGGAGAAAACACCAGAAGGCUUACCAAGAGUUUCAAAGGCCGUGGUCAAUGAUUAUUCAGCGAAGAUUGAGGAAAUUGCUUCAAAAGUAACUGCCACACUGCCUGAUAUUAAGGUACCUCAAGAGCCAGGCACCAGAAACUCUUUUAAACAGAGUCCUAAUUCAGAUGCAGAAAGUCAUAUGCCUUCUUCUCCAGGAUUAAGAAGGAGAGCUGUGCCUACCUCAAGCAUCAAAGAUAGAACGCAAGACAUCACUGAGGCUCAUACAUCAGCUCCUGUUAAACUGGAUGCUGCAGCUGAAGCACACAUACAGAAGCACAGAAAGCUUCAGGAGGAUUUAACAGAUGAGAUGGUUGGGUUGGCACGGCAACUUAAAGAGCGUAGUCUCAUGAUGAGCCAAUCCUUGGAGAACACUGAAAAAAUACUUGAUUCCACAGAGAAGGCUGUUGAGCGUAGUCUUGCUAGCACUGGACAUGCAAAUGUCCGUGCCAUGAAGAUAUAUUCAGAAACCUCUAAGACUACUUGUUUCCAGUGGCUUCUGAUCUUUGCCAUGACAUGUAUUUUUAUCAUGGUUGUGCUCUUGAUACGUGUAACAUGAAAAUAUUCUUGAGAAUGAGGACAACUCACCUUUGCAGACCUAUGAGGUAAUGCUACUACCUUUAGAGUGAUCUAUACCAUGGUUAGCCUCUGUUCAUGUUUUAUUAAUGUGUUGCGUUUAGGUCUGAGUGGCUACAUGUUUGUAGAAUUGAGGUUUUGAGUAGUGGAAGUCACAACUUUGUAAUUGUUGCUGAUAAACAGUUAAGGAUUGAUUGAGUUGUUCAAUUCUGUAUAUUGAAUAUAUCUUUUUCCUACAUAUCAAUGUUCAUGCUCUCUUUAAUCA